AUGGAUAACGAUAUUCGUAGCACAAAAACAUCUAUCUCAAUAGCCGAUAUCCAUACAGAAAGAAGGCUUAAUCAGAUGAUGUUUUCAGAUCGAGAUUACGAAAGAGAACCCAUCAUGAAAGUUAAUUCAAAUCCUUCUAUCGUCAACGUCGAGAAUUGUCUUGAAAAGGGUUACUCUGUUGUCCAUAUUGAAUAUAAAGAUAGAACGAAGCUUUUGUUUGACGUGGUUUGCACGCUUAUAGAUAUGCAAUAUGUUGUCUACCAUGGAACUAUCAACACAAACGAUGGCAUAGCUUUCAUGGAGUUGUUUAUUAAGUAUGUAGAUGGAAACCCGAUUAAUUCAAAAGCAGAGAAACAGAGGGUAGUUCUUUGCAUAAAGGCUGCGAUUGAAAGAAGAGGAUCAGAAGGAGUAAGAUUAGAGUUGUGUAAGAAAGACAAGAAAGGGCUAUUAGCCGAUGUAACAAGAACAUUCCGUGAAAACGGAUUAAACACUAAAGAGAGGACCUUUAGUCUCUUAGGUUGGGGCUUCGCGGGAGGUGGGACUAUAGUGGAUGUUGAAGGAGAGGCAGCAGCAGGUGCUGGUGGUGGAACAGUAGCAGUUUAUGGGGAACUGCAACUAUAG